AUGUGCACCGAGGAACAGGCUCGGAGUAUAUCUGAAGAGACUACGUCUCUCGGGAAAGCCAACGGGUCCGUCAGACAGAACGUACCCGAUGGGUUUGUUUCCAAACUCUCCGGGGACCUGGUGUGGGAAGGAUCUUCAUAUGCCACAUCAGAGAAAUAUGUGCGCGUACUAAGCGCAGUUGAGAUUGAGGAAGUUGAACUGGCCGCAAAGCACUUCAAAAGGCGAGGAUUCAGUGUAGUCCGGGGCCUCAAUUCCCCAAAAUAUACCAUCGAAGACAACAUUAUCAUUUACAUGGGUAUUUUGAGCCACAUUACGCCAGUCUUCGGAGCAGACCCUGAUAAAAUGGCACUGGGGCAUAUACGGGAUGCAACCAAAGACGCUAUUAUUCCCGGCGAUGAUCGAAAACUAGCCGUUUCCAAGUAUCCGAAUUUCCUCAACUUUCACACAGAUGUUGGCCUUGGGGAUAUUUUGAGUCUAUACACUUAUCAAAUGCCAUCUUCUGGAGGCUCGCAGCGACUUGCAAGCUUCUGGAGAAUUUACAACGAAUUGGUGGAACACAAACCGGAUGUUCUCGCGACGCUGUGUCACGGCUGGCCAAUUGAGGGGAAAGAUCCAGAAACGUUGCUUCCCAAGGAUCUCGACCGGCCACUUGUCUUCUGCGAAAAAGAGAAGAUCAUCAUUCAACUUUCUCGCCAAGUGCUUUUAGGAACGACGAACCUCCCUCGUUCGGCGGGACUCCCUCCUCUCAAUGCCUCCCAAAUAGAAGCCCUGGCUGCUCUCGACGAAUUAUGCAACAAGUAUUCCUUUGUGGUGGAGCAGAAGCAGGGCGACAUUCUAUGCGUCAAUAAUUUCGGUAUAUUGCAUGCAAGGGACGCGUGGACAGAUACUCCUGAUCAUAAGAGACAUAUAUUACGAAUUCUCUCGAAGGAUCCACGACAUGCAUGGGAUAAGCCAGCUCUUGUUGCAGAUGAAUGGGAGAAAAAUCUUUCAUAUGAUCCGGCAACCUUGUACAUCCCUCUUGCGGACUUUGAUCCUCGUGGUAAAACGGCAUGUGCGGCGAGCGAUGCACAUGGCUAA